AUGAUCCACGUAGACGAAACCGAUCCGGUUGGAGAAAUUGAGCCGCCAUUCUCUCACCGAGAUGUCAACAUCAAAAGGGCCACGGAUGUCAACGAUUUUUACGAAAUGCUAUCGGAGAUCGGCAGAGGCAAAUUCGGGACAGUAUACCUCUGUCGGGAGCGAAGCACGGGUCUAGAAUUAGCUGCAAAGCUGGUUAUGGUAAACAGACGUGAUGAGAGGCGAAACGUUGAGAGGGAAGUGGAUGUGAUGAGGCGGCUCCGACACCCUCGGCUGAUUCAACUAUAUGAUGCCUAUGAAUGGGGGAAAUACAUGUGUGUGGUGCUGGAACUUAUAACUGGUGGGGAACUAUUCGAACGCGUCAUUGAUGAGGACUUCGUGCUAACUGAGCGGGCAUGUACGGUGUUCAUGAGACAGAUCUGCGAGGGUAUCGAGUUCGUGCACCGCCAGAAUAUCUUACACUUGGAUAUGAAGCCGGAAAACAUCCUGUGCUUAACAAAGUCGGGCAACCGCAUCAAGAUCAUUGACUUUGGCCUCGCACGAUUCUACGACCCUGAGAAGAAGCUACAGGUCUUGUUCGGUACUCCUGAGUUCGUUGCCCCGGAGGUCGUGAAUUUCGACCAAAUCGGUUAUGGUACUGACAUGUGGUCGGUCGGAGUUAUUUGUUAUGUUCUACUCUCAGGCCUGUCACCAUUCAUGGGCGAGACCGACAUAGAAACAAUGGCGAACGUCACAGUAGCCAAGUAUGACUUCGACGAUGAAGCCUUCAACGAAAUCUCUGAAGACGCCAAGGACUUCAUCCAUAAGCUGCUAGUGAAGGACAAAGAGUCACGACCGGGUGCGACGGAGUGCCUUCGCCACCGCUGGCUUGCACGACGACAGCCGCCCCCGUUGCCCCAGCCGACCCCGCAGCCAGCCAAACACGAGCUUGACGUCGCAAAAGACAAUCUUCGACUCUUCGUCGAAAGAUGGAGCGAACACCCCAACUCACCUUAUGUUUUUGAUAACCAUGCACACGAAAUUACGUGUCUUGCGAACGGUAACUACGAAAGAUCCUCAGUUGGAGGAUGUUCACCGUCUCCUAGAAGCUCAUUAAACAGUUCCCCAGAUUGUGUUCUUGAUGAUGAAGACUUAGAACCACCACCAUUAAGAGAACCUAAAGAGCCAAGUUUCUUAGCGCCCAGAUACAAUCCAGUAGAAAGAAGAGCAUCUGAUAGCUCUUGUUUCUUACACAAAAGACAAGAUGUGCUUGUUAGGAAAAAUUUAGCUGAAGAAAUAAAGAAGCUGUCCGAUCACCUUUAUAUGCUCUCAACAAUGAACACUGAUCUCGCUAAUAAUAACAGUGCUAAGGAACUAGAUAAAAACGUCACGGAAACUAAAUCGUUUACAGAAGAGAAACUACCGAAUGGUUUCAGGAAAGAAUCGAAAGUAACAAUGACGGCAGUUAGUAAUGGAGAUACUACUAAAAAAGAGAGAAGGCUCUUUACUUCCAAAUCAACGAACAAAAUAACUUCGACUUUCCUAACAGAAAGAGAACCGGAGACACCAAUGACAAGCAAAAUGCCAUGGGUAAAAACUGCUAGUAGCAGCAGGUCUAAAAGAGUGACCGCCAUGAGUCGAGAUGUUCCAGAUCAACCCGUCGAAGUUCGAAACACUUUCUUCCAAGAAUUCGACAAACGACGGGAGAAGAUCAAUAAACUUGUCAGCGGUUCAGAAAAUGGAAGACAAAUGCCUUACAGAAGGGGAGAUGAAAACAACGCUCAUAGAACCAAGGAUCUCCUGCUCCAUUUGUUAGAAAAAUGGGGGGAAACAGAGGAAGUUGAAGCAGAAAGAUCGGCAGGGGGUACUUCUAAUGGUGGAAGACAUCAAUCGAUAUCUUUAGAAUGGUCUCCGUCGAAUCAGUUAGGUCAGAGUUCUAUGUCAAGUCUCCACGCUUUCUUCCAGAGGCAGACGUCAGAAGAGAAGACCCAAAGAAAAAAAGUGACUACGAACGUAUCUAAUGAUCGUCUGUCAGCAUCGUCAACCCUCACGCAUCCCUGGCUGAUUCAGUCAGCCUUAUGCACAGAACUUCGCGUUACUAAGUCGAAGCUAAAGCGUUAUGUGAUCAAGAAACGCUGGGCUAAAGCCGUAUCUGCCGUCAUAGCCUUGAAGCGGAUGGGCGCCAAAUUUGAAGAUUGUCACGGUAAAGAAGAAAAUAAAAAUGGCGACAACUGA